GCCCUACUGCAGCCCACCGCGUCUCAGCACGGAUUUGUCUCACUCCAGGAGAAGAGCUGAGACGCGCAAGUCAUCGCUUGUACUGCAGAAAACUCCGACCAACUAAACGGUGCCAUCUUCACUCUCCAGACCGCUGCAGCCAUGGCGACUAUUGUGGCGGAGCACAUCGGCCGCCUGUUCAUCAGCCUGCAGCAGAUCCGGCAGGUCCCGCGCAUGCUAGCCGAGGCCGCCCCCUCCAUGCCAGCCACACUGCGAGACUCUGAUGUCCCCGCCCACCUUCGCGACCACCACAUUACCUCCGGCUACCGUCCCCUCCGCCAGAACUGGCGCUACUACUUCUUUUCUCUAUUCCAGCGACACAACGAGACCCUGAAUGUCUGGACUCACCUGAUAGCGUUUUUGAUCAUCCUGGUGAAAUGUUGCGAUCUGGCUGAAAAUGUUGACUUUGCGAAUGACAGACAUGCCCGGCCACUGUUAAUUCUUCUCAUAUCUUCUCUCAACUACACAGCCUUCAGUGUCAUAGCUCACUUAUUUGGCAGCAAGUCAGAGCUUUGCCAUUUCAUCUUUUACUACUUGGACUACGUCGGGGUAGCUCAGUACCAAUUUGGCAGCGCAGUGACACACUUUUACUACUCUAUCGACACUAACAUGCACAGUUUAGUAAAAGGAGUCUUCUUGCCGACUGCCGCUACCUUUUCUUUUCUGUCAUUUACGGGAUGCUGCUAUGGAAAGUACAACAGCUUACAUUCGUGUAUUCGCAAAUUCGGCCACGUAGUACCCUCGGCAUUAGCUUACACAUGGGACAUCAGUCCUAUUGCAAAGAGGCUAAUCUGUUGGUCAGAAUCAAGCGAUGAUCCGGCUCUUGUAUACCAUUUUGGUCAGGUGGCUUGUUUCCUCAGCGCUGCAGCUUUCUAUACUUUUCCGAUUGUGGAGAAUUGCUUUCCCGGACGGUGUAACUUUGUAGGUCAAAGUCACCAGAUAUUUCACAUCUUCCUGUCAUGCACGACCUUGUGUCAGAUUCACGCCUGUUACUUGGACUACGUAGGCCGCAGAGACUUGUACCUGAGCCUGUACAAGAGCGGAGAAGCAGCUUUUUGUGCACAGCUCUAUGCGUGCACUUUAAUAACUUGUGUGCUCACUGGUGGAGUCAUAUUGAGAAGAGUGAAUCGUGUGCUGGAAAAACAAAAGUGCAUGUAAGUGCAUGUACGUCUCUGCUGAACUGUAGUGGAAACUAGAGAAGUGUUGUCACGAUACUAAAAUUCCAAACUCGAUUUUGAUACUAAGGAAAAGGCUCGAGACUCGCUACCAAUUUUGAUACCACAAUGAUUAAAAGUAAAAAAUAAUGAAAAAACCUUUUACAAUUUUCAGUACAAAAUAAUAGUGGUUUCUUUAAGUUACCAUACGAUUCUUCACUAGUUUUUUGAUAAAGUUCCAGAUUAUUCUAAAACUGUUCAAGAAAUGUCAGAUUUAGUCAUGUUUUUAGAAUCGAUACUUGUAAAAUUCAGUAUCUGUUAAAAUCUGUAUCUGAUUUUCGAUGCAUUUGACAACCGUAGCUUACAGUACCGUUUAUAUAGAAGAAAUAUAGUUGCGUAUUAAAAGGUGCAAUGACUGACUGUUUUCACUUUAGCAAGAUGACACUUUUUUACUCUGUCAUUUAGAAUAUGAUAAUUUGAUUAAUGGAUUGACACACUGGGUUUAUUGGUCACUCGGGCUAAAAAAGAAAUUCUAGAUUUAAGUUUUUAAAGGUUACUAUAAAUCUGCAUUAGUUUAUUCUUGCAAUGUCAAAAUUGCACAAAUACUAAUAACAUGUUUGUUGUGUUGUUGCACUUAAUUCAGUAGGAUAUUUGAAAUACGUUUUCUUUUAUUCUUCAGUAUAAUUCAGUGAUCGUUAAUGGUCUAUUGAAUUCUAUUGGUCAGUUGCUUGAUGUUGAAAAACAAAGUGUAAAAAAGGAAACUUUUAAAAUUUUAAAAUUAUAAUAAAAUAUGUAUGAACAAGGCCAUAUUGUACUGGCCUUAGGUAGGACUUAAAUGUGACCUCUGAAGUUACGAUGUACUGUUAUGGGAUGUGGGAUUUUAUUUUAGACAGAAGAAUUUAUUUAUUUUAAAAUAUUAGUAUAUUAAAAGCUACAUAAACAUAAUAAUUUAGGCCAGACAAUCGUGAUGAAGAAUUAUAAGUGAAAUUGCUGGUUGAAAGUGCGAAGUUCUAGUGAAGAGGGUCCAAAGUAAAGUGAAUACAGGAUUAUACAGACUGACCUGAGAUGCAAAUGUGUAUGAAUGUCAACACUGACUGCAUUUUCGUAUUAUCUGUAAUGUUAUUGCUGAUGGCAGAUUGCACAGUUACUCAAAUGUGGUUGUAAAAGUGCCUUCCAUGGACCAAGUAAAACUAAAAUGUAUUUCUUCUGCGUACAGUUUGUAGUACACUGGACAUACCUGGAAUGCAGCAUAUGGUAUUUGGUGAAUGUCAAUGUUAUGUUCUUGUCUUACUUAAACAGACGAUGGACGGGUUGAAGCUUGUUCCGUGCCAAGUAACACGUGUUGCUAUUUUAGUUACUGAAAAUGGAAGAGCCAUUAUCCCUUAUGAGGUUAAAGAGACCCAGACCCGGAGACGACUCUGUAUAAAUAUAGAGAUGUUGAUGAUGUAAAUGUGUAAGGGUUUAGUAUUGGGUCAAUUUUAAUGGAGGUGCCUUAUGUUACAGUUGUAUUUAAUAAGAAAAAUCUAUUUAUUACUAAUAAAGAAUGUGUAUUUUACUUACUUUUGACAG